AUAUUAGACCAAGUCUGAAAGUUGAAAUGUGAACUCAACACCGUGGAGUUCACGCUGAAACAAGAAAAAAACAGACGAAUGACUUUCCCUGUAAAUGUCAUAUAUACACCAAACACCACCAUUUUUAGACCUCCCUUCUCUGAGUCUUAGUCUUCUUCUUCUUCUUCUUCUUCAGACUUGACACCCAAUUAACCAUAACCAAAACUAUAAUCUAUAAUCCACUUAUUUUCUUACCCAAAUGUUCUCUCAAUUUCAUCAUCAUCACCACCACCAUCUUUUCACACUUCCACUAUUCCUAUUGUUCCUCCUCCCCUCCGCCGCCGCCGAUGACCGAACCGCCCUGCUCAGCCUCAGCUCCGCAGUCCGCGGCCGCACCCGGCGGUGGAAUCAAUCCCACCCAACCCCUUGCUCCUGGUUCGGUGUCACCUGCGGCAAAACCACCGGCCAAGUCAUCGAGCUCCGCCUCCCCGCCGCCGGGCUCUCCGGCCAAAUCCCCCUCAACUCCGUCGGAAAUCUGACACACCUCCGCGUCCUCAGCCUCCGGAAAAACGCUCUCUCCGGCUUGCUCCCCUCCGACUUGAGCUCCUGCACCGAGCUCGAGAAACUCCUCUUGCCGGGAAACCAAUUCUCCGGCGGAAUUCCGGCGGAGCUCAACAUCCUCACCAAACUCAGAGUUCUUUACUUGGAAAACAACAAUCUCACAGGGUCAAUUCCAAACCUCAACAACCUACCAAAUCUUCGAAAAUUCAAUGUUUCUCACAAUAAUUUGAAUGGUUCAAUUCCAUCGACCUUGAACAAUUUUCCUUCCAAUUCAUUUCUGGGAAAUUCCCUAUGCGGUUCACCACUCCCUGUUUGUCCUCCUACUAGUGGUGGAAGUGGUGGAAAUGGUGGAAAUAAAGGAAAAAAGUUAUCGGCCGGAGCGAUUGCCGGAAUUGUAACUGGGUCCGUUGUAGGAUUGAUUUUGAUUUUUGUAACUCUCUUCAUUGGGUGGAGAAUAUAUAGUAGCAAGACACCCCGGCAAGUCAAUAUGUCGCCGGGGCUACCAGCAUCGCCGCCACCGGAAAUUGAAAUCCGGAGCCCAAAACCGACUUUCGUAGGAGAAAACAGUGGAUUGAGAAAUAGGGAUGUGGGUGUUGUAGUGCAGAGUGGUGGGAAUGAUGGGUUGGUGCCUUUUGGGAAUUUGGAUUUUAGUUUGGAGGAGUUGUUGAGGGCUUCAGCUGAGAUGUUGGAGAAAGGGACAUUUGGGACUACUUACAAGGCAUAUAUAGAAAGUGAGAUUGAGACUGAGAUUGAGGUGGUUGUGAAGAGGUUGAAGAAUGUUUGUGUGAAUGAAACAGAGUUCAGAGAGAAAGUUGAGAGUUUGGGAGUGUUGGUUCAUGAGAAUUUGAUGCCUAUCAAAGCUUAUUUUUAUGGGAGGGAGGAGAAGCUUCUUCUCUUUGAUUGCAUGCCCAUGGGAAGCUUGCAUUCUCUUUUGCAUGGAAAUAGAGGCAUAGACAAGGCAGCAUUGACCUGGGAAAUUAGGAGUAAAAUCGCUCUUGGUGCUGCUCGUGGCAUCGAGUACCUUCACUCUAUAGGUCCCAAUAUUUCUCACGGAAACAUCAAGUCGUCCAACAUUCUCCUCAUUGACUCCUAUGAUGCUCGUGUUUCUGAAUAUGGCAUAGCACAACUUGUUUCUACAAAUUCCACUCUCAUCCUGAAUGGCUAUUGCGCACCUGAGGUGACAAAUACACAUAAAAUUUCUCAAAAGGCCGAUGUCUAUAGUUUCGGUGUCCUGCUAUUGGAGCUGCUGACGGGCAAGGCCCCGACUCAUGCCCUUCAAAAUGAGGAAGGAGUUGAUCUUCCGAGGUGGGUGCAAUCGAUGGUUCAAGAGAAUCAAGCAAUCGAUGUCUUUGAUCCUGAGCUAGUUAGGCAGCAAAAUAGAGAGGAGCAAAUGGCUCAGCUGUUACAUCUUGGAACUUCUUGCACUACUCAACACCCCGAUAGUCGCCCAUCGAUGGUGGAGGUAUCACGACGUGUCAACGAAAUUUGUGGAUAGUAAUAGAAUUUGAGAUUGUUUGAACUGUGGUGAUACAAGCAUGUUGGUAUUCGAGGAAUCUGGUGUCAAAGAGAGUCAAGAUGACAACAAGAGCAUGAAUUUUUUUUGUGUGUAUAUUUCUUUAUUUUUUUGCUAUGUCAAAGGGGUUAAUGAUAUGAUUAGUUUUGAUUCUUGAAUCAUCAAAUUUUGGCUUUUCUAAAACAGAAGUUUUUUGAAUUUUCUCUUGUUACCCUUUCUUUUCCUCUGUUUUCUUAGGACCCUUCUAUGCUAUAGCAGGGGAAAAGCGAUUUGCUAAUUUUCUCACAUUAGUUUUGCCUCCCUCUCAGAAAGAUAGAUGUAUACUGCUGUAAUUACUGUCGAUCUCAUUCGGAUUUUAGCUAUUGAUGCAAUUUCACAGAAGAUUGAGACAUUUAAGAUGCAACAA